GAACCCAAAGGUAUUUCUCUCCAUUAAUCUCUUUUGUUUCACAGAGGUCAGCAGCCAGGGAUGGGUUUGAGUUCUCCCCAGAUGCCUAAGACAGGAGCUUGCAUGAUUAGAAUGCUUGUUUCUGAAGACAGGUUUAUGGGACUGUCUUCCACAUGAAUCAGGGAAACCCAUUCAAGCUCAAGGCUCUGGUGGACAAGUGGCCUGAUUUUAAUACUGUUGUUAUUCGACCCCGGGAGGAGGACAUGGAAGAUGACCUUGACCACUACACCAACACUUACCUAAUCUACUCUAAGGAUCCCGAGAAUUGUCAGAAGUUCCUCAGCUCAUCAGAAGUCAUUAACUGGAAACAACAUCUACAGAUUCAAAGUUCACAGUCAAGCCUGGACAAAGUGAUAGAAAAUCUUGGAGCCAUUAACUUGGGCAAGGUCAAGCAUACACAGUGCUUUCUCUAUAUGAUACUUGAAACAGCAAAGAAACUGGCUCCUUCCUUGGUGGACGUAAAUAACUUAGUACGCAGCAGUGACAAUCCCAAGCCCAUUAAUCAAGAGUUGUUCAAAUUCACCUCCCUGGAUGUUGCACAUGCUGCAUUGGUGAAUAGCAUCUGGCAUUAUGGUGGCAAUGAGAAAAGUCAGAAGUUCAUUGAGCGUUGUAUCCACACCUUCCCCAGCUUCUGUAUUAUGGGACCUGAGGGGAUUCCUGUGUCGUGGAGCCUGAUGGACCACACUGGAGAAUUGAGAAUGGGAGGCACCUUGCCUCAGUACCGGAACCAGGGUCUCAUUUACCAUGUUGGCUCCCACCAGAUUAAGACUCUAAAUGAUCUUGGGUUCCCCUUGUAUUCACAUGUGGAUAAAGCUAACUUCACCAUGCAGAAAAGGGUUGCCAGGCUAUCUCAGGUCCCCAUGCCCUGUACUUGGAACCAAUGGAAUUAUGAGCCUCUAUGAAGCUGCAAAGAGUGUUGAAAGUACAGUCCUUGUACAUGAAGAAAUAGCUGGGUGAACAGAAAGAAGUAAUAAAUUGUCAUUAGGCGGA